AGAAUCCAUAACAUUUGUUCUAUUAGUUCGGGUUUGUCAUCGUUCAGACAUGUUCCUAGAGAACUGUGAUUUGUCUCUUGAUCAAUAUUAACCAAGUCCUGUCGGCUAACAAUUCCUGCUUCACCAUCGUUUAUUCAUAUGAACACAACUGUCUCUUAACGCCCCCUCGUUCACCGCCUCUCCAGAACCGCCUCAAAGAAUUACGACCAAAAAGCAACAGGGAUACAUGUCUAAACUGCAAAGGAGGAGAAGCAGUAGGAUUCCUGCCAUGAAAUCUCUCUAAGAGGAGAAAAGCAGCGAAACCUAGAAAAUCUACACCCACCCACGGGCAGGAGACAGGGGGAGAGAGAAAGAAAGAAAGAAAAGAGAGAGAGAGAGAGAGUGAGUAGAGGGGUGCGUGAAAGAGAGGGGAAAGAAAAAGCGAGGGACAACAGUCGAUGGAUGCUGCUUGGACGCUCUGGUCGGCACAAUAUUCAGUGACAACGAUUGGAGAGCUGCAGGGAUGGAUGGGAAGGGAAGACACAUUCCUCCAGCCAUGGUAUGGUGCGAGCGGGGAAUUCAGGUGCUUCUCACCACUGUGGGAGCAUUCGCAGCCUUCGCCUUGAUGACCGUGGCCAUUGGCACGGACUACUGGCUGUAUGCUCGGGCCUUUAUCUGCAACAGCACCGCCAACUCCUCUCAGGAUGACCCACACAACAAGGACAAGAAGGAUCCUGGAGCUCUCACCCACUCCGGCCUCUGGAGGAUUUGCUGCCUGGAAGGAUUGAAGAGAGGAGUGUGUUCCCAGAUUAAUCAUUUCCCAGAUGAUGCUGAUUAUGACCAGGAUGCUGCAGAGUACCUUUUACGUGUAGUCAGGGCCUCCAGUAUAUUUCCUAUCCUCAGUGCCAUAUUAUUGCUGCUAGGUGGAGUUUGUGUGGCAUCUAGUCGGUUCUACAAGACCAAAAGACACAUCAUUUUGGGAGCAGGCAUUUUGUUUGUAGUCGCAGGCCUGAGCAACAUUAUAGGUGUCAUCGUAUACAUCUCUGCAGCUCUCAGUGACAUCUCCCCCAAAAAGGACGAGGACAAGAAGUGGCACUACUCCUACGGCUGGUCCUUCUACUUUGGCGGCCUGUCGUUCAUUCUGGCGGAAGUUGUAGGCGUGCUUGCUGUCAACAUUUACAUCGAGCGCAACAAAGAACUGCGCUGCCGCUCGCGCACUGACCUCUUCCGCAGCACGACCUCUGCUGUGUUACGCUUGCCAGGAUACCGGUUCCGCCGGCGCUCCUCCCGGUCCAGCUCGCGCUCCACAGCGGAGCCGACCCGCUCCCGCGAACAGUCCCCGACCUCUGCCAUCGAUCCAAAGAACUUCGGCCCGCCCCUGGCCGCCGGCCCACCGCCGUUUUCAGUAGCCACGCUCCCCAAUCCACAUACACACGCCGGAGGAGGAAUGGGAGAUAUAUCGAUGUACACGCUGGGGAGGAAAGGGGAGCCACCCAUGUACGGCACAGUCGACCGUGCCACACUCUACCAGCUGCACAAUUACUUUCCGACAAAGGAGGGAGACGGUGGAGCGCUCAUGACGGGAACGCUGCCUUCUCGUUCCAAGUCGAACCUGGCCGCGUCGGCCAACGCCACCCUCAAUACCUCGUCUUCAUCCGGCCCCCAGCAGCCGCCGCUAUCCGCCGGCUCCUCCGCCACCAUGGAGAGGGAUCGAGGGCUGGGAACCUUGGAUCGACUUGGAAAAGGAGACAGUUCAAACACUAACACUCUCAACAGGAGAACAACACCUGUGUAACAAAAGGCUCGAGGAGGGAGGGAAGAGAGCGACGGGAAAAACAAGCGAUUACACGAACUGCAAGUAAGGUGAGAAGUAAGAGAAUGUGAGAGACAAAAAGAGCAAGAAAGGGCUGAGAAACGAAAUAAGGUCCGCUCACAAGACGACAAAGAAGUGAACAAGAAGGCAAUACAUCCUCUUUUUUUCUCUCCAUUUCUGUUUUUGAACAUGGUGACUUGAGUAACAGAAUUCCAUCCGCACUUCUUAUUGAUUCAUGUUGAAAUACUCGAUGUGUGUGAUGGUGAUAUUUCGGUUCUUCAAGCUCUUUUUAUUCCAGUGCUUUAUCAUCAGGUUAUUCCUGUAACUUAUUUGGCAUUCCAAUAUAGUUGUUGUUGUUGAUUUUUUAUUAAUUAUUAUUAUGGUAAUUGUUAUUGUUGAGUUAACUUAAACAUUAUACAUUUUUAUCAACCUAUUUUUUUUUUUUGCACAAGUAUCCAUUUUAAUUUAUUUCCGAAUCCUUUCGAAUGAUGAACUAAACUGUGAUUUUUUUUCUUGCACAUGUUGACACAAUAUUUCACGAUGUCAUUCAGUGUCAAGCAUGUGUUAAUUCUGCUAGAGUGACGACUAUUACUAUUAUGACUUUUUUUUAGUUUUUACAAAGAUUAAUAAUACUUAGAUCUGUGGAAUUUUUCAUUGUAACCGUAAGUGUACAAGUAGUUAAGUCUUCAUAUAAAUAUAUUUGAUUUAUUUAUCAUAUUAACAGUCUUAAUAUUGUUACGAUGGGAUAACAAAUAUAAUGAACUGCUUUUGAGACAAAAGAAAGAGACAGAAUACAGAAGUGAAAGGCAUUCAUUCCAGGGGAGCAAUACGUAUACCUAAAAACCUCACCAGAAAAGACAAAAAAAUCGAUUAAAUACAUAGUAUAUUAUGAAUAUAAAUAUAUAUAUAAAAAUGUGUGUGCGUGUGUGUGGGAAAAAAACAACUUUUUGGUAAAAUAAAAUAUGAUAUAUUCUAUGAAUGUCUAAAACUCAGAUCUGUGUGCAUACUGUUAGCAGUUUUGACUGCAGCAUUAUUUUCAUGUUUAUUUGUAACUUUGUAUGCAUGAUUCAUAUCCAAUAUAUGAUAUAUUCAUAA